UUUUUGGCGCCGGUUCUGUGCGACAUGGAGGAAUAAACACAAACCUUUCACACCUCUUACUCACUGCGCAUGCGCCUACUAGCAAUACAGGUGUUGUUUUUUUUAAUGUAUUGAUCUUUUUAGUUAUAUGAUAUUUUUCGAAUAAUUGUAGAAGAAAAUGAUGAACUAUUCCGAUUACGAUUCGGAGGAUUAUUCUUCAAAUGAAGAUGAAGACUACGUUCCUUCUGAUGACAACCUGAGUGAAGAUGACUUGAAUGAGUGUGAAAAGGAAGAUGGCCUGGAUGCAGAGGACCAAAGCCAAGUAUUGAGCGAGCAGGUCAAAAAGAAAAAGAAGUCAAGUAAAGGUCUUUCUGCAAGGAAAAGGAAGAAAGGAGGAUUAAAGCUGGAAGAAGGAGAUGAGGGUGGCACCAUCAAACUGAAAGAGGAAGAGCUACCUGAAGAAACAUCAGUAGCAGACUCCACCCAGAAUAAAGAGGAUGAGCAGAAGAAAAAGGCGGACAACCUUUGGGCUAGUUUUUUAAGUGAUGUCGGCUCGAGACCAAAAUCCAAGGCUCCAGCUUCACCACCGAUCGCAGCCGAUUCGGACAAAGUUACCAAAUCCAGCACAGUGUCUUCACACAAAGAACCGAAAGCCUCAGAGGCCUCCAAAAUCACAAUAACAAAGGUGUUUGACUUUGCAGGAGAAGAAGUUCGGGUUACUAAAGAGGUGGACGCUGACUCCCGGGAGGCUAAAAGCUUCUUCAAAAAGGAGGAGAAGGAUGGGAUGCAGCAGACCUCUGUGUGUAAAGCUUCAGCUGAAUCCUCGCUCACUGCUGGUCCCAGCGCAAAGAGACCAGCGGGGAUGGGCAGCGUCCUGAACCGCAUUGGAGCAAAGAAGCCUAAAAUGAGCACUCUGGAGAAGUCCAAGCUGGACUGGGACUCGUUUAAAUACGAGGAGGGCAUCACUGAAGACCUGGCCAUUCAUAAUCGAGGAAAAGAAGGGUAUAUGGAGAGGAAGAACUUUUUAGAGCGGGUGGACCAGAGGCAGUUUGAGCUGGAGAAAGGCGUUCGACUUAGCAACAUGAAACAAUGACCGGAAUGGACAACGUGUAUCCAGUAACCUGCAUACACAACAUGGACUGUUCACUCUGAGCUCAGAGGCAGAAAGCACAGAGUGAAGUCCAUCAUUCACUCUUGUCUUCUGUACACUAAACUGAAUAAAGAGGAAACAAUAGUGAAAAAGUGGCAAUGAUAGGUUCUGGUGAGAUGAAACCAGAUACAUGUAGUGUAGCUUAGGUAUUAGAUCAGCCAAGACGUUUUUGAUGUCCACAUUUUGCUCACCAACGAUACAGAUAUUUUUCAAUUAUAAAUAGUUAAUCUGCUCACUGUAGUUUAUGCUACUGGCAAAAUAAAUCUCUUUCCCAACUGGU